AUGGGAAACGGCUGCGCUCUGUUCAGCACGGCGUUCCUGUCAUUCGCCGCUCUGAUCCUGGCCAUCGUCGCGUGCGCAGGAUCAACCAAGAACUACAACCCGAUCAACAAAAUCUUUGAAGCCCAGCUGGACCUGUCGAACAUGCAGGUGUCCACCGUGCUGUCGAGCGCGAGUUCCAGCGGCACGUCGCUGGAUGCGCUAGGCCUGCCGUCGUACAUCAACCUCGGCCUGUGGUCAUACUGCAUCGCCGACUCGUCUGGUGAGGUCUCGUCGUGCACGUCGCCCUCUGGGAUCCAGGACUUCAACCUCAAGAACAUGCUCUACGAUAACAUCGAGAACAACCAGGUUGCAGAGCUGGUCAGCAGCGUCGCGGAGCUGGCCAUCCCUGACUCGCUGCAGAGCAACCUGACGCACUACAACAACCUGAUCAAGUGCACGUUCAUCACGCUUAUCAUCGGUAUUGUGGUGUCCUUCCUGAACUUCGCGGUGAACGUGCUGCGUUGGGUGGUCCACUUGUCGCUGAUCACGUGGCUGGGCCGUUUCUUCUCUCUCAUUGCAUUCCUGAGCCUGGGCGUAUCCGCGGGGACCAGUACAGGCACCUACGUGUAUAUCAGACGUCUUCUGUCGUCGAGCUACGACGAAUACGGGAUCAGGCUCAACCUAGGCCGCAAUUUCUACGCGAUCCUGUGGGCGAGUGUCGCAGCUGCAUUGUUAAACCUCAUUGUCUGGUCCACGGUCAGGUCGCGGCGCUACGCGAGGGUCGUGCCCGUCGAGGAGAAGCCCUUAAUGUGA